AUGUCGUUUAGAGGAGAAUCAGCUAAUGCCUUUUUUAUGCAUGUUGAGGAAAGACCAGAAAACCUCAUGAGGAUAGAUGCCAAAAUGGAUUUGGGUAACUGUGUCUCCUCAAACUUGUCUUUCUCACUGUCUCGUCAGAAAUCGGCCCAAAAUGCAUUUGCCAUUUUACGGUUGAUUCGGCGCACCUUCUCUCGUAUUACUCGCAUGGACUUCCAAAUACUCUAUGGGGCCUACUUCAGACCGCUCCUGAAGUACGCAAACCAAGUUGGCUACUCAGGAUGCACAAAGAACGUCACCCUCAUUGACCGUGUCCAGCGAGCCGCUACGAGAAUGUUUGCCGGCCUCAAAUCCGUGGACUACGAAACGCGUCUCGCGAUGCUUGAUCUCUUUCUCCUGGAGUACCGUCGCCCCCGAGGGGACCUAAUUCUUACUUACGCCCUGUUUGAACGAAGCUUGGCCAACAGGUUUUUACCGUUGACCCAGCAAACACCCGACGGGGACAUAGUAAGAAAAAUUUCAAGCUCAGAGCACGCAUUCAUUAGACAAUUCUUUUUCUCAUUUCUGGUAGUAGGUGCCUGGAAUGACCUUCCUCCGACGGUCCGGAAGACAGUGUUGGUUAGACCUAUAACCAUUGACAAACCUGGUAUGAGUGACUCACCCUUUCGGUGCCUAGCUGCCGUGCCACACGGAGACACGAGGGCUGGGAUACUGUCAAGUUGCCCAAGCCUUGACAAGGGAAGUCGAGAGCCAGAGGUCGGGUUCCAACCACGGCCCUUCCGAAAAAAUGGAAUCUCAGUGAAAUAUUACAAAAGGUCGAAUUCUUCGUUGGGAUCUGACCGUCCUAACACCCAAAAAAUGUUACAACUGGACCUACCUUGCAUACAAGGAAGGCACACAUCUCACGACGCUUAUCUCCUAAACGGACAGGAGUUACUUUCGAGUACUAAUACCAAUUCGGACAUUCACAACCCAUGCUACUUGUUGCAUUUGAGGGACGUCAAUGUACUCCUGGACUGUUGCAUCGAAACAUCGGCGCUGGUGCAUUUUUUACCUUCCCACCAGCUUCUCACUCCCGGUUGCUCAGAUCUGCCCGUACCCACCCACGAGGAUGUUUCUGUUGCAAAGAAAAGCCAUGCAACUUCUGUUCCUGCCACGCAAGAUGAUUGUCAAGUCACAAUAGGAGAUAAUAUCUAUCUGAGAUCGAAACCUCAAUUCUGUCUGAUGAACAAAACUGAGUUCGCUUCAGUUAUUUGGGACGCGGUGGAUGUGAUAUUGGUGUCUAACACCAACAGCAUACUAGGUCUACCAUUCAUUUGUUCGGCGACAAACUUUCGUGGACGUAUCCUGGCCACCGAACCAGUAGUAAAAUUUGGAAAAGUUUUGAUGGAGGAUUUACUGGAUGCGUUGGAGCAGCUUCCGCCUUGCAAGCGAUACCCGGUGGAACAACUGAAGCAAGAUCCGAAACAACCUCGUUCUUUCCUGCACGAUUUUCUUGGCGCUAAUGACAGAGUUUGGAAAGAGUUCUACUCCCGCCAAACAAUUAAGGAUACCCUGGACAGAAUACAAUUGGUUGCCUAUCACGAACCUGUGGACAUAUUCGGCCUUUUAACCAUUUGCAGUUCGAGUGCCGGUUUCGGACUCGGAAGCUGCAACUGGACCGUGAAUUCACCCACGGAAAAGGUUGCCUAUAUAUCCCACACCUCACUACUGUACUCCCAUGUGUUGCCUUUCGACGACUCCUUACUGGCCGAUGUGGACGUGCUGAUUAUGGGUACGGUGAACUUGCUUGCAAGCACGCAACUUGAAAGGACUGUGAAUGAAUUUCGCCACAUCGUGGUACAAACGUUAGCUCGUGGAGGUCACGUUUUGGUCCCCAUCAACCCUUGUGGCAUGCUGUUUGAUCUCAUUGAAACUGCUAUCCAUGCGAAAGAAAAUUUCAAGGGCACCAUCCAACCGUUGUUCCCACGAGAAAAACCCGAACCUAUUGGCAAUGGUCAAUCGCACGUACCUCCUACAACUACGUCGGUGAAUAGUGGUCGAGAUAGCGUAUUUCUUGACAGUACGGAAGGAAAUACUACUCAUAAUAGUAGCAGCAACAAUAGUGUGACCCCGUUGGGUGGAUCCUCAUCAUUACAAAGAGCAGACCGCUGGGGAAUUCGCGCAUCUCAUCCACAGCUGAACUGA